AUGGGUGAGAAAGAUGAGACGGAGACUGAAAAGGAGAAUAAGAAUGAAGGCGAGAAGGCCGCAGUGGCCGCGGCGGACGGUGGAGGAAAGAAGGACGACAAUCCGAUCACCGUCGUGUUGAAGUUGAAUUUGCAUUGUGAAGGCUGUGCCAAGAAAGUAAAACGCUCCGUUCGCCAUUUCGAAGGCGUUGAGAAUGUAAAAGCAGAUUGGGGCAGCAGUAGAUUGACCGUGAUUGGAAAGAUGGACCCCGCAUGGCUCCGGGAGCAAGUUGAAUACAAGACUAAGAAGAAGGUGGAGCUGGUCUCAACUGAUCCCAAGAAGGACGCCGGCGCCAAGAAAUCCGAUGACAAGUCUGACAAUAAAAUAGAAGAGAAGUCUGACAAAAAACCAGAAGAGGAAAAGGAAGAUGAUAAAAAACCCGAAGAGCCUACGCCUAGUACAGUGGUAAUGAAGAUUAAACUGCAUUGUGAUGAAUGUGCACAUAAAAUAAAGCGGAUCAUAAAUAAGAACAUUGAUGGAGUUGAUUCCGUGUCGACAAAUUUAGAGAAGGAUUUGGUGACGAUAAAUGGGACAAUGGACAUAAAACAUCUUACGGCAUUCUUGAAAGAAAAGCUAAACAGGAGCGUUGAUAUUGUUCCACCAAAGAAAGAUGAAAGCGGUGAAGACGAGAAGGGAAAAGACGGUGGUGAAGAGAAAAAAGAAGGCGGCGACGGUGGUCAGAGUGGUGGCAAUAGUGAGAAAAAGGAUGACGAUGGUGGAGAGGGAAGCAAAAUCGAAGGGACAAAGGACGAAGUAAACAAAAUGGAAUAUCAAGCAUACAAUUCCAAUACACAUUAUGCAGUUCCGAUGUACCAUCAAAGUUAUGUCCAUCACGAUUAUACAGUAUCAAUGUACAACCAGGGUCAUGUUAAUACUGGUCAUAUGGUACAAUAUUCACAGGGCCCUCCUCCACCACCACCAACUUAUGUGAACAUGAACGAUGAAAUGUUUAGCGAUGAAAACCCUAAUGGUUGCUUCAUUAUGUGA